GGCGGCCCGGGCUCCUCCUCGGCCAUGGCGCCCCCGCCCGCGCGCGGGUCCCGGCUGUGGCCGCCGCCGCCGCUGCUGCUCUUGCUGCUGAGCCUGGCGCUGCUGGGCGCCCGCGCGGAGCCCGCCGCCGCGCCGCCGGGAGCGCCGUCCCCCGCGCAGAGCCGCCCGUGCGUGGACUGCCACGCGUUCGAGUUCAUGCAGCGCGCGCUCCAGGACCUGCGGAAGACGGCGCACAGCCUGGACGCGCGGACAGAGACGCUCCUGCUGCAGGCGGAGCGCCGGGCGCUGUGUGCCUGCUGGCCCACGGGGCGCUGAAGACCUUUGGCCUCCUGUUCCCUGACAAUAAACCCCUGCCGGCUCACGCGCGUCCUGU